AGGACCUACCCCUCAUAAUCUCUUUACCAUCUUGCAGUAUCUCGCUUCCUCUCUCUCAUCUCUGUAGACAUGGCUCUCCUCAGCGAUCUCAUCAACCUCAAUCUCUCAGACACUACUAAGAAGAUCAUCGCCGAAUACAUAUGGAUUGGUGGAUCUGGCAUGGACAUGAGAAGCAAAGCAAGGACCUUGCCGGGGCCGGUUACUGACCCACAUAAGCUCCCGAAAUGGAACUACGACGGAUCAAGCACCGGCCAAGCUCCUGGGGAUGACAGCGAAGUCAUUUUAUAUCCACAAGCGAUAUUUAAAGAUCCUUUCAGAAGGGGAAAUAAUAUUUUGGUGAUGUGCGAUGCAUAUACUCCUGGCGGGGAACCGAUUCCUACUAAUAAAAGGUUUAAUGCGGCAAAGAUAUUCAGUCAUCCUGAUGUUGUUGCUGAAGAGACUUGGUAUGGAAUUGAGCAGGAAUAUACUCUCCUUCAAAAGGACAUCCAUUGGCCUCUAGGCUGGCCAGUUGGCGGCUUCCCGGGCCCGCAGGGACCAUACUAUUGUGGUGCCGGAGCUGACAAGGCAUUUGGACGAGACAUUGUUGAUGCUCACUACAAAGCAUGCCUUUAUGCUGGAAUUAACAUCAGUGGGAUCAAUGGAGAAGUUAUGCCUGGCCAGUGGGAGUUCCAAGUUGGCCCUGCUGUCGGGAUUUCAGCUGGUGAUGAGUUAUGGGUAGCUCGCUACAUUCUUGAGAGGAUUACAGAAAUAGCUGGAGUGGCUCUUUCCUUUGACCCGAAGCCGAUCCCAGGUGAUUGGAAUGGUGCUGGUGCUCACACAAACUAUAGCACCAAGUCCAUGAGAAAUGAUGGAGGAAUUAAUGUGAUCAAGAAAGCCAUCGAGAAGCUGGGCCUGCGACACAAGGAACACAUUUCUGCAUAUGGAGAGGGCAAUGAAAGAAGAUUGACGGGUCGUCAUGAAACUGCAGAUAUCCACACAUUUUCUUGGGGAGUUGCAAACCGUGGUGCGUCUAUCCGUGUUGGCCGUGAUACUGAAAAGGCAGGGAAAGGCUACUUCGAGGACAGGAGGCCAGCAUCCAACAUGGACCCAUACGUGGUCACCUCCAUGAUAGCUGAGACAACUAUUCUCUUGAAGCAUACUUAGAAAGUGGCGAAGGACUUACAAAAUACACAGGUUUAUAAACAUUAGAAGAUUGUGAUAUUUUAGUUCAAGUGGUCAUUUGUAUUUUCAAACUGGGUGGCUGCCAGCUGAUUGCCCUUUAUUUAGGUGAUUUCUUGCUUUGGAUGAAUAAUAUUGCUCUGUUUGUUUUUGAAGUAUUUCUUCACCAUAAAAAUAAAUGGUCAGUCUAUGAA